AUGGCAAACUCGACCCUGAUCGGCGAGUCGAACGACACCACUGAUGAUUACGAUCCAUGCCAGUAUCAGGUUCUGCAACAGCACAUGCUUGUCAUGCGAUUUUGGAUGGUUUCCGUGUUCGGAUCCACAAUCUCAUUCAUUUCGAUGAUCGAGAAUAUAUUUCUUUUCUUCUUAUUUGUUACGAGCCGUCGUCAUCGUCGAGAGAAUCUCUAUAUGAUGUUGUUAGCAUUUUUUGACAUUUUUGUAUCCUUAGCUUAUAUCAUGUUAAUGUCAGUUAAUGUCCUCUCUGAUGUCCUGAUGUCUCCACUUCUCGUUAAUAUAUGGUAUGCAUAUGUGAUACCAAUUAUAACAAUUUCACAUAUCGCAAUGUCUUCAUCGUCUUUUCUGAUUGUUACUGCUUCGUUUGAACGAUAUUGUGCCACGUUGAACACUUCGAGUUUGAGAUUUGCACAAAGAAAUCGAAAACUAAUCGCACUGUCAGCGGUUUUCCUUGGUAUCAUCAGCAAAGGAACAAUCUGUAUUGAGUUUGAACUCGUCAGCCAUGAAGAUUGUGCCGGACAAAUGACAGCGACUACCAUGAAAUUUCGUCCGUUUGUCUUCGAAACCCAAUAUCACUACCUAUUCCGUUUUUGGUAUCGAAAUUUCGUUACCGUGUUCGCUCCAUUCUUUAUUCUCUUGUAUCUGAACGUUCGCAUUGUGAAAGAACUUUCAUCCUAUACGACCGCCACAAUAUGUCUGAUAACAACUGGAAGCACAGUGGAUCUCCAAAAAAGGAAAGCGAAUGCACGAGCUGCGACUCGAACCCUCGUCAUGGUUGGAUGUUGCUAUAUCAUCAGCAAUAUUAUAAACGUGAUUCUGACCUCACUCGAACAAGCCAACAAUCAUAUUGCACAGGAUUAUCCAGAUCUCUACAUCGUCGCCAUCGAUUUGGUAUCCCUGUUGACAACCAUGGCAUGCGCUGCUCGUCUUCCAAUUUAUCUCUACUGUCAACCAGACCUGCGCCAAGAAAUUUUCAUGUUUUUCAAAAAUCUGUGCCAUCCAUUUAAAUUUUCUCCGCUGAAUAUGCCAGACGAGCGAUCAAAAUCGGUGGAAACAACACAAAGCAUAUUGAGUCGAGGAGAAUCGAAGUGUGCUCCGAUUGCAACAAUAUCUGAAGCAGAGAACGAGAAAAAAUCGCUGAAUUCCCCAUAUGAAACUCUAUUGUGA